ACGGAUUGUAAACAAGUUGACAAUUAUGUCAAGGAAUCAUCAUCGAGGGGAAACUGGGAAUGUGAACCAGAAUUAUAAACUGGUUGUAGUAGGGGGAGGAGGUGUGGGAAAAUCAGCUCUUACAAUUCAGUUUAUACAGUCAUAUUUUGUGACAGACUAUGACCCUACCAUUGAGGAUUCAUACGCCAAGCAGUGUGUCAUUGAUGGAGAUGUGGCACGGCUGGACAUCCUCGAUACAGCUGGCCAAGAGGAGUUCAGUGCUAUGAGAGAACAGUACAUGAGGUCUGGUAUGGGAUUUCUCCUGGUGUACUCCGUCACAGACAGGAGCAGUUUUGACGAGAUCUACAAAUUCCACAAGCAGAUAUUGCGUGUGAAGGACCGGGAGGAGUUUCCCAUGAUUCUCGUCGGCAACAAAUCUGACCUCGAUCACCAAAGACAGAUUAAACUUGAGGAGGGACAGGAGCUAGCCCAUCAAUUGUCUAUCAGCCACAUAGAGGCCAGUGCCAAAAUGAGGAUGAAUGUUGACCAGGCCUUCUAUGAUCUAGUCAGGAAAGUCAGACAAUUUGAGUACAAUGAAGGUCCCCCAGUAAAAGUGAAGACGAAAUCCAAGUCCCGAUGUGCUAUAUUAUAACAGUAACAAGGAACUGUGUUAAAUUAAAGACAAUUAUAAAAUGUCAUUGAAGUGCCAGUAUAUUUAUAUGUGCUAAAACAAGGUCCUUUAGGUUACAAUGGUUCACCAGGAUAACAUAUUUCCUAUGUGCUGAACUUUGGAUAUAAGGCAUUUGAAGUGCAUGGUCAAAGGCUAAAGCUAUUGAACAUUGACUAUUCAGCUAGGGAUGACUUUAAAAAUCAUAUAUCUGCUGAAAUAUUAUCCUCUUAUACCUGUAUUUCUCUUUUAACUGAAUCUUUUAACUGAAUCAUUUUUUACUUUCUUCAAUUACGUUUAGUUUAAGCGAGUACCAUAUUUCUUUUAAGGGUAAUCUAUAAUAUUAGUCCAAAUGUUAUCAAGAAGAAAAAAUACUGAUAGUUUGUUAAAUGUAUUUUAUUUCAUAUAAUAUCAAUUCAACAAGCCCUUUUAACAAAUCUUUGUAAUAACAGGGAUGUUUUAGCUCAGGAUAAAUCUUAAUAUCAGAAUUGAGAGCUGUCAAUUUCACAUUUGCAUUAAACAUCUAUAUAGUAAGAAUUUAAAUUUUUAAAAAUGAUCAUAAAAUACUAAGGAAACAAUUCAACAAGGGUCAAAGCCCUUUGGCCCUGCUUGAGGCCUCUAACUUCAUUUUAGGUUUAGAAUUUUCAGUUCAAUCUGCUAUCAGUCCUGAGAAAGCAUGUUGAAGUCCGAGCAAGAAUAAAGAAUGUAUUUGCUCAAGGAAAAAAGUUAUCCUGGUUUAUUAUUUUCCGAUGGGACAAUUGUUUAGAGGCUUAUUGUAUUUGAAUGAGCAGCGAAAAGUGCUAGAGUUUUCACAGAUCAAUGCCCUGGAACUGCAGAGAAAAGCUGUGGAAACAAUGCUGUCAAACUGGAAACAGAAAUUUAGCUCUGUAUCAGAGGAAGAUGUCCAGACAAAAGACGAUCCCAGAAAGGCAAGGCUAUUGCCUCUAGGAAAUGAAAUAUGAUGACUCAAGCUCAUUUGUGUAUGGGAGAAGUUAAUUUAGAAACUUCUAUGUGUAUUAUACUUAAGUAAGCGCAAUCAAUACUUGGCUAAUUGUUCAAAACUUUGUUAAAUCUAAAAAUGGAGUUAAAGACAUCGUUGUUAACUUUUUAACGUGAACUGAUGGACAUGAUGAUGGACUCACAUACCCAGAUAUAAACAAGUUCAGCUGAAAGAGUUGUCUUAAAUAUCGUAAGAAAUACAGCAGAUCCACAUAUGUAUAUCCAACAAAUUUUCCAGAGCAGUAAAAUGAUUUGAAAGUUGGCAACAAUGACGCCAACACCACUUUAACUUUAACAAAGUUCUGACACAAACGGCUCAUUGUUUGUAUAGGCAGAAGAUGUUGCCUGAAACUACUGAAUAUGUCAGCUCCUUGUAAUGUUUCUGACCGUAAAGUUCUGUUGUACACAAUUUAUAUCACUACUUUGAAUGUGUAAAUGCAUUGUAUUUUGUUUUACUAUAGCUUUUUAUGUUGUUAUUUAUACAAUCAUUGCUAUUAACUAACAAAAAUUAAGGGUUUUAUUUAACGGAUACAUGACAUUUGCUAUAGAGUAUUUGCACUGUAUUUACGAUAGUCUUUAUAUGAAUUGAAAUUGCUCACUUUUAGUUUUGUUUGUUAUUCAGAAAUAUUUCAUAAUUAUGUAUAUGACAAAAUCUGUUUUGAGAUGCCUUUUACUGAUAAUUACAAAUUAUAUGUUUAAUUAGGAACAAAUUUGACACUGUUGUAGUUAAACAUUAUUCUGAUGAAUUUGAACUCAUUGUUGCCGAUCAAGAAGGCGAGGAAUCUGAGAGCAGUGACCCCAAAUAAGAUUUAUAAAAUUACAAAACCAGCUAUUUGAUAUGUAUGAUAUGUGCUUUGGUAAGAGUGAUUAUUAUCGUUAGUAUAUUGAAGAACAAUAUACCCUUUAUAUGUUAAACACAGUCAUCUGGACAAGGUAUAUAAUAUUGAUCUCAAUUCAGGUCUACAUUUCUUUCCUGGUAGACUGAAAAAGAUUUAAUAUUGUUAAAUUUUCAUAAAAAUUUAAGUGUUUAAACAAGCAUACAUAUUAUUUUUGUUUUACGUUUAUUAGUAUUUAGCUCUACAAUUGAAUAAUAAGCGCACAAUAGGUCAAAACAUGACUGGAUAGAUUGUACUCCAUUUACUAUAGAUUUCCGAUGUUUACAGAGAUUAAUCAGUGAAUUAUUAACAAUGUCUAGCUGUGAAGAUAUCAUUUUGAUUGCUGUUUUGAAAUGUAAAACUCUUCUUUCAAAUGAAGACAUCAGCAGGAACAGGGCUUGGAUAUAAUUUCAAUGAUGUUUAUUUCAUUACAUUCAAAUUAAUACAAGUGUGCACAUUUUUCUAAAAAUAUAUAUAUUUCAUUUUAUAUCCUUUUAUAUCCUUUUAAGUAUAUAAUGAAACAAAAAAGAAGUGUUUGUUUCUGUGUAAAAUCACAAUGAAUUGCACCUCGUGGAACACCAAAAUAAACAUUUGAUAAAAUAUAGCUUUUGGUGCUCACUCAGUGAAAUAUAUUGUGAUCUUACACUGAAACAAACAAAUCCCCCCUGUUUGUUUAUUGAUCUAGUUAAAUAAUGUGUUCAAUUAUGCAUAUACAGUCAAACCCCCUUUUCUUCAAACUCCAAGGGACUGGCGAAAAUACCUUGAGCCUCAUGGAGUUCUAGCAAAGCGGGAAUGCUUACAUUUAGUAUAAAGAAAUUGGUCCUUUUGAUCAGGUUCGAGCCAAUGAGGAAAUAGAGCCAAGUGAGUUUGAGGAAAGGAGGUUCGACUGUAUAUGAAGACUAAAUAAUACUCGUAUCAAUGUAAGCAAUAACGCAUGACUAGCCUGUAGCAUAGGCAGCAUGAAGUGUGUUGAUUCUUAACAUUAAGUGUUUAAACUUUUUAAUAAUAAUUUUUAGCUUAUCUUUUUUCAAAGUUGAAAGUCGCGGUAUUGUUAUAGCCUUGGUGACUUCAGAGGCGUGCUAAACCUUAAACCUUAGCCAUCCCCGAUACCAUUCAAGAUAUUCAAAUGUCAUCAUUUAAAGAUGUUGCACAUGUAUUGCAAGGCCCAUAACUUCGACUUUGAUAAUUAAACCAGCUAUGCACCUUCUUCAAAUUUAAAAAAAUAGACGACUUUUGGAAUUCACUAUUUGGCAUCCUUGUUUAACAUUCUACUGCUAUUCUAUUCAGUGUUUUAAAAUCAUACUGCUUUCCAUAGGAAAACAAUUAAGGGAAUGUCAUAGGCUUUUUGUUGUAAUUGAAGGCUUGGAAAACCUUGAAUCCCAUUAACGCGGUGAAAGCCAGUUAUAUGAAACAACUGUUUGCUAUGACAUAACACACAUACACAAAACAAAUACCGUAUUACUGUGCCGAAGAUACGCUUCAAGCUAUGGCCUUUGACGGACGGAGAAAAACAGACAUUCCCCUGUACCUGCUUAAAGAGCUCUUGUUCUCAUUAACGACUGGUUUAAAACUAACUUAUUUAUUUUAUUUAUUGAUUAUUUCUUCAGUAACCAGACAUAACCAGUAUUAUAUUUAAUGAUAUUAUAAACUAGACUCUUGCCUCCUUAGUUAGAUGUAUUUGUUGUCCCACAUGUUUCUAUGAAAUGUUGAGGUCUUUACCUCGCUGUUUAACCGUUGGUUUUUAAAAACAAAUUUCAACAAUUAUUGCAUUUUUCCUUGAAAAUGAUUGAUAUUUUAACAUGAGCAUUCUGUUGACAUGUAUGCAGUAAAUUACAAGAUAGAGAAAUAUGAAACCAAAAAACAAUUUAUGUGACAGAAAUAUAUUCAAAUAAUUAGGAUUGUAUCAGAUUUCAGCAAAUUUAUGCUUUAAAGCUUUGAUGUUAUAUCACGUGAAAAUAAGACAGUAACAUGUAUCUUGUUUUUCAUGUCAAUUUUAUUUAUACUAAUAUUCAUUUUUUUUUGCAUUAAAAAUGUAAGAUCAAAUUAUCUUAACCCAUAUUUAGAUGCAUGAUCAAAGUUAUUGCCCUUUCAAUAACAAAAAAUCUGUUUCAUUUUUUUUUUAUUUCGUAUCUUCUUUAUGUUUUUUUUUAUCACUAAUGUAUUGUAUUAUUUCAUGUACACAUGUGCUGUCUAAACUGAGUGUGUCUGCAACCAUUCCAUGAUUUAAUUUGCGCCUUUUUUGCAUCAGAUUUUGUUCAUUCUAUUGAGAUGAAAUUAUGCUUGUUUUCCGAAAGAUGCGACUGUUGAGCUUAGAUGUACAUGUACGUGUAUUCGGCUUCUGUGAGUGUUGCAAUACUUAUAUUCGCACUUGAUUUUCUGUUCGAUAAAUUUUGCAUUCAUUUUGCAUUAAAGGGUUGAGUUUUCAUGACCUCUGUAGGCUGAGUUUUGCAAGAAAGACCUGGGUCAUGCAUAUGUAAAACAUGAAUUAAAAAAUUCUUCAUAAUUUUCUUGAUAAAAGGGAAAAUUAUUACAACCUGAAUUGUUAAUCAAGCAAAAAAGGUAAUUAUAAAAAUUGUUUCUUGUUUGUGUGUUCAUACAGUAUAACACUCAGCCGCAUUUUUGCAAAUUUUUAAAGAAACGCUAACGAGCUUUAUGAAUUUGCAAAAUGUAGACGCCGAGCAUUUAUGCAGUAUAUGAAUGCUUGAAAAGAAAGAAUCAAUCGUUAAUAAAACCAUAUGAACAUAAAUUAUAGUUACAAUAGAAUAGUUAACUGUUAUCUAAACAUUUUACAAUUCUUUUGAAAUAAUCAUACAAAAUUGGUAGAACAUAAUACCACAGUAAUACGGUAAGUUUCAUGCUCGUAUACUUUUACCAUUACAUGAACAUCUCAAUUUCCGCCAUUUUGCUUUUUUCAUCAAAUAUUUAAGCUAGAGUAUUACAUGACAUGCCUUAUAUGUAACAAUAGUUGGACAGGAAUCAAGUCCUAGAUUUUAUUUUGAGUCCUAGAUUUUAUAAUGAGUCCUAGAUUUUAUAACGAGUCCUAGAUUUUAUAACGUAAUGUCCACGUUUAUUCUUUUUUACAAUACUAUACUUUAGCAAUUGAAUAGACUGAUUAAGAAUUUGCAUAAAUGUUAUUUUUUUAAUACUUUUGCAUAUUUUGCAGGACAGCUAAUACAUUUCAUAUAGAGUUUUGAAUUCUUUGUCCUUGUAGCUUUAACUAUUGACAGGUGAAGGACAAGGACAGCUGAAGCCUACAUACAUGUUAACAAUAGUAAUUGUUUUAUGUUAUUUACGCCAGUCAAAGAAUGUUGUCUUGGCAAGAAAUUGAUCUUAAAUUUAAGAGAAAAUCACAGUCUCAAUGCAAGUGUUGCUAGGCAAUGAAGGAAAACAAUAGGCAGUGACUGCAGCUUUUCUGGAUAUACCUUCUUUUAAUGGAAGGACUAAUUUUGAGUCCCUUAUGGAAACUGCUAUUAUUUUUUGAAUAUGUUAAAUGUUUGAGAUUGAAUGCAAGGGUGAAAUCCUGUGAAUAGAUGCAUUUGCGAACCUGCUUUUAGGUUUAAUUUCUUAGUGGAUCAAAAUUUACGGGCCAGUAGAUUUCUAUACUGGAGUCUACAUUUUGUAUUACAUUAUCUAGUCAUCGGGUACUGUCAUGGGCAGUGAGAUGGUCCGCGUACCUUGUCAUUUUCAUUUAAAAUUUGAUUAUGCAGUAACAAAUAAAUUCAAUCGAAAGGUUGUUGUCUGUUUCUAACACAAUAGUAAGUAACAUUAUUUUUUUACACAAUGCCAUCCUUAUAAAAUGUUUGUAAUGUUGCCUUUAGUAACAUUAAUUUUCUACUCAUGAAAUAAAAAAAAUUGUUUCAAACACAACAGUUAUUAACAUUAUUUUUCUUCACAAGGUCAUCCUUAUAAAAUUGUUAGUAGGAAAUCAGUAAGUAACAUUAAUUUUCUACUUGUGGUCAUUCUGAUAAAAUUGUUUCUUAGAAAACAGUUGUGAAAAAAUUUUUUUACAAGGUUAUCCUGAUAAAAUUGUUUCUAGGAAAUCAGUAAGUAAUAUUUAUUUUCUACUUGUGGUCAUUAUGAUAAAAUUGUUUCUAGGAAAUCAGUAAGUAAUAUUUAUUUUCUACUUGUGGUCAUACUGAUAAAAUUGUUUCUAAUACAUCAAUUAAUAACAUUGUUUUUCUACACAAGAUCACUAGCUGUUGAUGCAUUUAAGAACAAUUUUGUAAAUCCAUCACUGAAAUAAUUCAAUAACGUUACUUAUGCUUUUUGGCAAAGCAGAACAUUUCGGAUUAAUUAUAGAGCUCUAAUUUUAACAUUUGGUGAUGUUUUAUCUCUGACACUAGCCUUUUGUUCACAUUUCACACUAACAUAUUUUUAGAUGCCUUGGAUUCAGACAGACCCAAAACAACAUAAAUGAGUCUGUUUAAUGAUACUUUUCCUGAUAUAUAAUAAUUAUAUUCUCAAGUUUUUUCAGUAAGUUAACAUGAUUUUUUAAUUGAAAUACAAUUUUUCAAAUGUGUAAAUUGUUUUGUUGUUUAUCUACAAAUCUCUGUAUAUAUAUGAUAACAUAGACUUAAAGGGACUAGACACCAGAUGAUACCAUUGCAAGAAAAAAAUAAAAUUGUCAAAAACUUAAAUAAAAUUGAUUGAAUCUUACUUACUGAUGUAUAAUAUUGCCUACGAUUCAUGUAUCUUUCAAAGGUUUUGCAUAUUUUUCAAAUUCGAAAUUAAAAACUUACUUUGUCCAUGUCAAUCCCAGUUAAUUAAAAAAAACUCAUCGAUAUAUUUAUAAGUUCUUAUCACGUGACUUUUACAUAUAAACAAUUUUGGGACCAUCCGGUGUUUAGUCCCUUUAACCUAAUUUUCAACCCAUUAGCUGUGUGCAGCGAGGCAAAGAUUAUAUUUUUGAAAGUUAAUUUUUGAGUUUGAUACAUUAAAGUAAUCAUAUUCUUAUAAAAAGUACAACACAAAUUGUACAUUUGAUUGAUUACAGUAUUGUAUAAUUUCUGCAACUUGGGACAAUACAAUUGAAAAUAAUUAAAAAAUGCUCACUGUUCUCUGUGGUGUCUCUAUUAUGUUUGAUAUUUUUAUAGUGAUAUGAUAGCCAUGGAGUGCUUCAGUAGAACACCCAGGUCUGCUUUGUGCUAUUUUAUUCCAUUUCCUGUAAUAUUUAAGUAUUGUAUUUAUUAUUUAUGACAAGAAUAAACACAUAAUUAUGAAAUGAAAA